CCCGAAAGAAACUCCACUGCCCUUUCUUCCUUCUCCUGUUUUUUUUUUUUUAAUCUCUCUCUUUUUAAUUUUUAAAUAUAUAUUAUUAUUAUUUUUGCUUUUAUUGAUGAGAUUUUAGGUAAAAAUAAAUAAAUAAAAAAUCAAGAACGGGUUAUUCUUGAGUGAAAAAUGCAGCGGCUAAGAAGGUCUGAGAGUAUUUUCAGUGCAGUAGCAGCCCCCAGCUUGAGAAGGAAAGCUUUGAAUUCAUGGUCUGCUAUCCAAGACACUUAUCUUUCAACCAAGGAUGUUUUUGAGAGACAUAGGGUGGUCUUCACAAUCUCUACUUCUAUAGCGUCGGUUGCAACCGCAUGGGCAGGUUAUUCUUUGCGCUACGUUCAUCAAACAAAAGUUGAAGAGAGGCUUGAAUCCAUUGAGAAUGCAAUGAAAAGCAAUUAUCAUGUUGAGCGUGAAGAGAUGAAAAAGAUCGUCAAUUCUGGAAGUGUCAGCAUUGCGGCAUGUGUUGCCACUGCAGGAACCACUUUAAUUAUCGGGUAUGGACUGGGUUGGCGAGGUGGAAAAUGGUAUGCAAACAGGAAAUUCCGAAAAGAGCAGAUGAAAUUGCUGGGGCAAAUAAAGCCUCCGAGGUGGCAAUUCUUACGAGGGCGGGUUACAACGAAAGACGGUUACAUCCUCAGCAUGCAAAGAAUCCCAAAGGGCCGUGCUGAGACAACAGGAAGUCGGCAGCCGGUCCUGUUACAACAUGGGGUCAUAAUGGAUGGGAUAACAUGGCUGCUCAAUUCCCCGGACCAAUCCUUAGCAUUCAUCUUGGCAGAUAAUGGAUUCGAUGUGUGGAUCGCCAAUAGUCGCGGGACCAAAUGGAGCAGCGGUCAUACGUCGCUUGACCCAAAUGAUCCGGCCUAUUGGGAUUGGACAUGGGACGAAAUGGUCGCAUACGAUCUUCCCGCUUUCGUCACAUAUGUUAAUGACCAGACGGGCCAGAAACUGAACUAUGUUGGACACUCCCUGGGAACUUUGCUUGCUUUGGCAUCCUUCUCCCAGAAGAAGUUGUUGAACAUGAUCCAAUCAACAGCCUUGCUGAGCCCAAUUGCUUAUGUGGGUCAGAUGACAUCGCCCAUCACACAGGCUGCCGCUAAGAGCUUUGUCGCGGAGACAUUAUACAAGAUGGGUAUGGUUGAAUUUGAUCCAAAAGGGAAGGUCAUAGGUAAAAUUCUCAAAGAUCUUUGCAAGAAAAAUGGCAUCAAUUGCUACGACUUAAUGGCAUCUUUUACAGGCCCGAACUGCUGCCUCAACUCUUCCACCAUUCAACUUUUCCUCGAACAUGAGCCUCAGCCGACAGCGACAAAGAACAUGAUCCACAUGUCUCAGAUGAUUCGAGACGGCACAAUAGCAAUGUACGAUUACGGUGAUGAUGAUGAUAACACAAAACACUAUGGACAGCCAAAGCCUCCCAUCUACGACAUGACCAACAUCCCGGACAACACCCCUCUCUUCCUCAGCUAUGGAGGGAAGGAUGCACUCUCUGACGUCAAAGACGUCGAGAUCUUAUUGGAAAUCCUCAAAUCUCAUAACAGCGACAAGCUCACAGUUCAGUAUCGGGAUGACUAUGCUCAUGCAGAUUUCGUUAUGGGUGUAAAUGCUAAUCAAGUAGUUUACGAGCCCAUGAUUAGCUUCUUCAAGCUCCAAUUGUCAAAGUAAUUAUCAACUUCCAUCUGUAAUUGUUAUACGAGCCACCAUUUCACCGCCGAUUGGAUAUACACACCCGGUUUCAAGUUUUGGUAAUACAACAUUACAAACAAGAAUUAUCGUAUGCAGGAAACUAGAUAAGGUGUAUUUAAGGGAUGG